AGUACAAUUGUUUCUGGGUUAGUUGACGUCACAUAUCGUGGACUAUUUCACGCAGGUUACAGCAUGACAGAACUUCCCACAGAACUCUUCAUCGUCCUCAUUCUUUUCCAAUCUCAAGUCUAUGGCUUGGUGAGGACUGACGAUCAAAGUUCAUCAUUUUUCAAACAAAAAAACAACGCGCGUGUCAAAGGACAUGUCAUCAAAACACUAAACGCUGCAAGUUUUACUACCUGUGCUCAACUCUGUUUAGUUAACUCACUGUGCAAUUCAGUUAAUUUUAAGACUCGUGGUGUUUGUGAGUUAAACGAUGAAUUGCCGAAUGACAGUAAUGUUGAAUCAGAUCACAAGGUCAUGUUAGGAUGGUGGAUCUCGAUUCAGAUGGAUACAUUCAUCUUUACCUCUCUUGGUGCACGAGGUCAAUAUGGACCAACAAAUUCUCAUGGCUACAAUGGGAGCAAUUUAGAAGCAAAAGUCCAGGUAGAGAAAGGCAUACAAUCCUGGACAGUACCAUUCACUGGUAAUUAUAUCAUAGAGGCCUAUGGAGCGUCUGGAGCAAACGGUACGUGCUCAGAAUCAAGUUGUCAGGGAUGGAGCGCUGGCGGAUAUGGCGCUAAAAUAACUGGAACCUUCACCUUGAAAAAAGGGACACGACUAAAACUGAUUGUUGGACAAGAAGGCUUGUUAAGAUUUCCUCACAAUUAUUCUCCUGGAGGUGGUGGAGGAGGUUCGUUUGUAGUCGUUUCUGAUAUGAACACACCAUUAAUAAUUGCCGGAGGGGGAGGUGGUGGGGGUAUAACGGUGAAUGGGGCGGCACGUGAUGGCGAUCCUGGACAAAUGUCAACUAACGGAAGUCGUUACGGAGGAAGUCACGGUGGUGGUGGUCUGCGUUAUGAAAAAACAAAGAAACAGUUCUCUCCACAGUUGCCACCAUUCUUUUCUUCGUCAGGAGCUGGUUUUAAAAAAGACGGAGAUUCAGCGGGUGGAACACAGGCUCAAAGUUUCCUCAACGGUGGUGCAGGAGGAUUUGGCGAUACACAGGGCGGAUUUGGUGGAGGGGGAUUUGGCUUAGCAUAUUCCCCUGGUGGUGGUGGGGGGUAUAGUGGUGGAGGAGUGGUUAUGGAUAGUGGUGUUGGUCAGGCUGGUGGUGGAGGCUCCAUCAACAAUGGAUACAAUCAAGUUAACCAAGCUGGUUAUAAUCACGGUGAUGGAAGAAUUCUUAUAAAACUAUUUCAAUGACGUCAUCAUUUAUACUUUGGUAGCACCAUGGCAACUUGAAAUUUUAAGCUUCUUUCCUGAAAAGGGCGUAAAGAGUGCUCCCUGAUAGCAUUUCAAGGUGACUGAAGAAUGGUGGAGAUACUGUCUGAUGCUGAAAAAAAGAAUACAUUGUAUUCGGCUUUGAAUGCUACAAAAUAACUUGGAUCUAUAUCGAGUCUGGAAAUCAUGCUGGAAAUCAAUGCCCAAAAAUUAGAAAAUAAUGAUGACGAAUAGAAAUAUAUUUUCAAACGAUGCUUAAAUAUAAGUACCAGCGCGUUGUUGUGCCAAGGUACACAUUAUUGGGAAUAGAGCAGGAACAUUAUAUGCCAAGUAAAAUUAUUCGUUUUUAAUCAUCUCUCCUCUAUUGAAUUCAGUUUCAAAAUCAAAUAACAUUGUUCGCAUGUUAUACUUGAAUGCACCAUAAGGAUCGUCGUGUGAGAGUAUCAUCAUUAAAAUGUAGCAAUUGAACUUAUUACGUGGAAUAUAGUAAAGCGGUGUCAAUUCCUAUGUCUUAUUGUUU